AUGUCUAUACUGGUGGAGGCUACGGAGGAGAAGGAAGGAGGUUCAGGCAGGGAGGUACUCGGAGGAGGCCUUGGAGUAGGGGUACAAGGGGCUGGGCAGGGACUGGGACAGGCUGGAGUUCUCCGAGGCAUUGAGGAGGUCCAUGUGGACACCAACCUGCUGAGGCCAAUACGGCUCCAGGUGGACCCCGAGUUCCAGCGAGUGCGCUCGGAUGAGAGGGAGCAGAUCAAAGCUCUCAACAACAAAUUUGCAUCAUUCAUCGAGAAGGUUCAAUGUCUGGAGCGGCAGAAUCAGGCACUCUUGGCCAAGUGGGAACUUCUGCAGCAGCAAAGCUCUGGCCCUGAGGAGAGCAGGAACAUCAACAGCUUCUUCCAGGCCUACAUCACCAACCUGCAGCGGCAGCUCGAGACGCUCCAGAGCCAGAAGGAGCAGCUGGAUCCUGAGGCCUACAACAUGCUCCAGCUUGUUGAGGAUUAUAAAAACAGAUUCGAGGAUGAGAUCAACAAACGCACAUCCAAGGAGGAGGAGUUUGUGGAGCUUAAAAAGGAACUGGAUAGUGCCUACAUGGGAAAAAUGGAAUUUGAUGUCCGAGUGGAUAUCCUGAGGCAGGAGCUGGAGUUCCUCCGGUGUUUAUAUGAAGCUGAGCUGUCCCAGCUGCAAACGGUUGUUGGGAACGUUGAUGUUGUUCUGUCCAUGGACAACCACAGGGACUUGAACAUGGAUGGGAUCAUCGAGGAGUACCAGGACCUGCAGAACAUGUGGGUGAGUCAACAAGAGCAGCUGAGGAACAGUCACCAGGAAAUCCAGGAACUUGCCAGGCACAUCCAAAGACUCCAACCAGAAACUGAAAUCGCAAGGAAAAGGAAUUCCAGCCUCCAGGACUCCAUUAAAGAUGCUGAGCACCGUGGGAGCUCGGCCAUCAGGGAUGGCCAGGAAAAGCUAGAGGAGCUGGAAAAUGCCCUCCAACAGGCCAAGGAUGACCUUUCUCAGCUUGUCUGUGAUUACCAGGAGCUCCUGAAUGUGAAGCUGGGCCUGGACAUUGAGAUUGCCAUGUAUCGCUCACUCCUCGAGGAGGAGGAGAACAGGUGGGGGCAAAAUCCACCCUGGGUGAAACAUCCAGACAAAGCAGCAUGUCCAUGGAUCUGUCACUGGGAUCUCUGGGAUGCACUGGGCCUGGGAGGAGUUGCCUUUCUGCAGAUCACUGAUAAAGCCUAA